AUGGCGCGUAAGCGUAAGGGACAGGCCCUUAACGAUUUCCCCAAGGACUUAAACGACAUACCUUACAUCCGCUGGAUGAACCAGCAGAUCGCCAACGGUCGCCAUCCCAGGGGAUUAUCCGCGCCGCCCGUUCUUGACGGCCAGGGGUCCAGUGCACAGUCGCCCACGGCUGCACCGUCACGUGUGCGCCGUCAGCCUGCAAGGACGGCAGCAACGCACCGUCCAGUUGUGGAGGAAGACGAUGCCGAUGCUGACGACGACGAAGGAGACGACGACGUCGCCUCCGACGACGAGGAGGAGGAACCGGCGGACCUUGGAAUGUCGCCCAGCGACGACGACGAAGACGACGACGAGGAUGCCGAGGAGGACGCCCCGGAAGAAACACAGCCAGUCGCUCCGCCGCCGAAACGGAGCACCGCACGAAAGGCAGGGUCCGACAAGGGCAAAGGCAAGGCGGCGCAACCUGCGGCACGCCCAGAGCCUCGGAAGAAACGGGCGGCCGCACCAGUCGAGCGCGGCUUAUGGUCUGACAAGGAGAGCACCAUUUUCGUCGCGGCGAAAUGGUUCAUGAAAGAGGAGCUCGAGCCUCUCAAGGGGAAGCAGGGGACGCAAUACUGGGCCCGGCUGCUCGCACACAUCAAGGAGUCGAAUCCCGGAUGGUGCAGGGGAAUCAACGCACUGCAGAAACAGUGGCGUAACCUGCUACUUCUGUGGCGAGAGUACAAGCGUGCCGACGGGGGGUCGGGCAACGGCUCGGUGGAGAAACCACCGUGGUAUCCGUACCUGGAGCUGCACAACCAAGACACCGACGCAGCCGCACCGCAUGCCGUGGACGGAGGUGGGGCGAAUAACGUCAACGUGCCGGCGGGCAUGGAGGUUCCAACUUCGUCCCAGCCAGGCACUUCAACUCCAUGCUAUACGGCUACCAUGCAAGCGGCGAUGCUGGUCUCCGCCACCAUCAAGGACUGCCACGGCGACGCGAUGACUCGCAUAGAAGGCCUCGUCCGUGAUUGGAUGGCGCAAGACCUCCGACUUGCCCGCGAGCGCAUGUCUGACUCGGCUCCCCCGGAUGUGCACCGCGAGCCGCCGGAUUUCUCCCCACCGCCGCCACGAGGGGAGUCCGCGCCACCCCCCGAAACCGCACGGCCGCGAGAGGAUGUGGGCGACGACAACACCGUCACUCCGGCGGCCGAGGAUGUGGAGAUAUGGGUGCGCGGCACCGACGAUUAG